AUGGUGGUAACUAAGAAGACGAUGAUGAUGAUGAUUCAACUUCAUCUCUUCUCCUACUUGUUCUUGUGUCUCUGUUUCUCUACUCUCACUCUCUCCUCUGAGCCCAGAAACCCUGAAGUGGAGGCGUUGAUAGAUAUAAAGAACGGUUUGAAUGAUCCUCAUGGAGCUUUUAACAACUGGGACGAGUUCUCAGUUGAUCCUUGUAGCUGGGCUAUGAUCACUUGCUCUUCCGACAACCUCGUCACUGGCUUAGGAGCUCCAAGCCAGUCUCUCUCCGGAAGAUUAUCUGAGUCAAUCGGAAACCUCACAAAUCUCCGACAAGUGUCAUUGCAGAAUAACAACAUCUCCGGCAAAAUCCCGCCGGAGCUCGGUUUUCUUCCUAAAUUACAAACCUUGGAUCUCUCCAACAACCGAUUCUCCGGCGAAAUCCCCGUUUCCGUCGAGCAACUAAGCAGCCUCCAAUAUCUGAGACUGAACAACAACUCAUUGUCUGGGCCCUUCCCUGCCUCUUUGUGUCAAAUUCCUCAUCUCUCCUUCUUGGACUUGUCUUACAACAAUCUCAGUGGCCCUGUGCCUAAAUUCCCAGCCAAGACUUUCAAUGUCGCUGGGAAUCCUUUGAUUUGUAGAAGCAGCCCACCUGAGAUUUGUUCUGGAUCAAUCAAUUCAAGUCCUCUCUCUGUCUCUUUAAGCUCUUCAUCAGGAGGAAGGUCUAAUAAAUUGGCGAUAUCACUCGGUUUAAGCCUUGGCUUUGUUGUUUUGAUAAUCCUUGCUCUCGGUUCCUUUUGUUGGUACCGUAAGAAGCAAAGAAAGCUACUGAUACUUAACUUAAACGAUAAACCAGAGGAAGGGCUUCAAGGACUAGGGAAUCUAAGAAGCUUCACAUUCAGAGAGCUCCAUGUAUCUACAGAUGGUUUCAGCUCCAAGAACAUACUUGGCGCUGGAGGAUUCGGUAACGUCUACAGAGGAAAGCUAGGAGACGGGACAACGGUUGCAGUGAAACGGUUAAAAGAUGUUAAUGGAACCUCAGGGGACUCACAGUUUCGAACCGAGCUAGAGAUGAUUAGCUUAGCCGUUCACCGGAAUCUUCUCCGGUUAAUCGGUUACUGCGCGACUUCAAGCGAAAGGCUUCUUGUUUACCCUUACAUGCCUAAUGGCAGCGUCGCUUCUAAGCUUAAAUCUAAACCGGCAUUGGACUGGAACAUGAGGAAGAAGAUUGCGAUUGGAGCAGCGAGAGGGUUGUUGUAUCUACACGAGCAAUGUGAUCCCAAGAUCAUUCACAGAGAUGUCAAAGCGGCUAAUAUUCUCUUAGACGAGUGCUUUGAAGCUGUUGUUGGUGAUUUUGGGCUCGCCAAGCUCCUUAACCACGAGGACUCUCAUGUCACAACCGCGGUUCGUGGCACGGUUGGUCACAUUGCUCCUGAGUAUCUCUCAACCGGUCAGUCUUCUGAGAAAACCGAUGUUUUUGGGUUCGGUAUACUUUUGCUAGAGCUCAUAACCGGGAUGAGAGCUCUUGAGUUCGGUAAAACCGUUAGCCAGAAAGGAGCUAUGCUUGAAUGGGUGAGGAAGUUGCAUGAAGAGACGAAAGCUGAGGAAUUGGUGGACCGAGAGCUCGGGACUAGCUACGAUAAGAUUGAGGUUGGAGAGAUGUUGCAAGUGGCUUUGCUAUGCACUCAGUACCUUCCUGCUCACAGGCCUAAAAUGUCUGAAGUGGUUUUGAUGCUGGAAGGAGAUGGUUUAGCCGAGAGAUGGGCUGCUUCGCAUAACCAUUCACAUUUCUACCAUGCCAACAUCUCUUUCAAGACCAUCUCUUCUCUGUCCACAACUUCUGUGUCAAGGCUUGAUGCACAUUGCAAUGAUCCGACUUAUCAAAUGUUCGGUUCUUCGGCUUUCGAGGAUGACGAUGAUCAACAGCCUUUGGAUUCUUUCGCCAUGGAACUGUCCGGUCCAAGAUAA